AUGUCUGGUACAUUGUCCUCUCAGAGCUCGAGCUCGUCGUCUCCAGAUACAUCGCCAGCAAUAGCACCUGCGAAAAGGAGUGUGCGAGAAUUGCUUGCUGAACUAAGCGACUCGGACGAAGAUGUUUCCAACCUGACAACACGUAGACAAGAAAAACCAAAGUCACCGUCGGCAAUUUCCCACAGUGAUGAGGCUAGUGACGAAGAUGAUCUCCUAGUUGGAGGUGGAAGGUUAACAGCUCGAUUGGCAGGUGCCGUCACGUCGGACAGAACUAGCACCAGCAAUGAGCCGUUAGCUACAGAUCCGGUAACGCGCUCUCUUGAACGCGAAGGCGAGGAUGAGCCAGCUCUAUCACGAAGGCAAAGUAGUGACGAAGAGGAGUUCAGGCCAAAGAAGAGAAUGCUUCUGAAGAGGAAGAGGCAGACAACUCCCAGCAAUGACCUCACUACAACUCAGCAAAGCGCGAUACGUGACCCUUCUCCCUCCACAGUAUCGAUUAGCAGUCCUCUGUUUGUCUCCUCUCCAGGAAGAAAAGAGACGGCCACAUCUGCAGGCAAGUCAAGGUUCCAAGUCCUUGUCGAAAAAGCUAGGAAUGAGAGACUGGCUCGCGAAGAGGCCGAGCAAGCAAAGCAGGAGGCAAGGCAAGCCCAGUUGGCCGUCAAGAGUCCUGAACGACGCGGGAAGCGAGGCUCUAGUCCAGCUGACGACUCUGGGGAGGAUAGUGAUCGAUCUGAGAUUGCCACAGCUAAGCGACUCACCAAGGAUGCAAGGCCAACGCGAAAAGCGAGCAAGAAAGCUCUCGAAGAGAUGAACAGAGAAACUCAACGCAUGCAUCGUAAUAUGCAAUUGGCACAUCAGGCUACGACUAAGAAAAAGUUCACCAAAGAAAGCUUCUUCGCCAGUUUCAAUCACGCCCUGCCCACCACUACUGAAGUAGCAGAUCAGCUUGACUCAUCCAGCUCUGUGCCCCCUUCUGAUGCGGAAGCUGUACGCUCUCACACGACCCCUCCCACAAGUCCUCUACGCAGUCCUGUGAAAGAUACGUCCUUACCGGUCGUGGUUGAUCAGGCCGUGGAUAACGAACAUGCCGAAGACGAUACAUACAACAUUCCCAACCUACGCGCUAUUGCCUCUGCCCGAAAACUUAAGGCUAUCUCUAAAGAGCAAAUGGCAGCGCCAGAUACGCAAACUUUACCUCCGACCCGCGUACUGAUCGACGCUCACCAUGACAACGAUUCUGAUUCCGACAUCGAGGUUGUUUACGAAAAGGCAUCGAAGCGAAAGUACGCCGCCUUCGAGAACUUGCCAAAGAGAAAAGCCAGACAGACACAAUCUCACCUGGCUCUUCGCUCUCUGGCCCACGUGAAACCUGAGAAAGACGGUAAGUCGUCCAUCUCCAGAGCUGAUAUGGCCCCUUUUUUGCUGCGUGCUGCAAGGAUGCAGGCUCUCGAGGAAAGGAGAGCCAAGAUCGACAAGCUCAAGGCCGCAGGUGUGGUUGUACAAACAGUUGAGGAAAAGGAGCAAGAAGAGGAGGAGCUCGAGGAUCUUGUUGAGCGUGCCAGACAGGAAGACGAAGAGAUAAGGAAACGGGAGAAGGAGCUUGCUAAGAAGGAGGGUACUUACCAGAAAGAUGCCCUCGAUGAUGACGAUAGUGACGAAGACGACGAAGACUUCGAUCCCGAAGAUCGUGAAGAUGCUCAAUCUGGUUCAGAAGAGGAUGGCGAAGACGAUGGACAAGACGCAGACGAUGAGGAGCCUCAACAUAAUCCUCUGGUUGACGAAAGUGCAUCAGAGACAGAAGACGAAGCUGCGUCCGACAUUGAGCCAAUGAUUGGAGCAGACAAUGCCGAUGGUGACGAUCUUGUUGAUCCAGCUCAAGUAAAAACGCCAAUUAUCAGUCGUAGUGCUCGGCCAAUACGGGUCAUCCUGGACGACGACGAAGAUGAAGAAGAGCCUGCAAUCCUGCAGAAGCAGUACUCUCCGUCUUUACCGCCGGCUCGAGAAACACCCCAGUCCCUGGUUCGAUCAGGGCGCAAAGUCAUCCCUGGUCUGCAACACUCUGAUGAUCUGCCACUAGGUCUCACUCAGGCGUUUGCAGCCACUAUGGCAGACUAUCAGACACCAGGUGAUCGCGCAACACAAGAACAAGACAGUUUGGAUAUCUUACGCGAUUUACCUUCACCACACAUCGGCAUUGUUCCACGCCUCAACCGCGCCGAGUCAUUAGACAUGAUCAGUGAAUGUGUAGCUGACUCGCAACCACAAUCUAUGAAUCUCGAUCUUGCUCUCUCCCAAACCCAGCAAAUACAUCGAUCUCCGGCAAUCGCAGUCCACCGCUCCCAGACACCUUUCGAGCCAACCCAAGAUGCCGGCUAUCUUUUCAGCCCAUAUACUGGUAACCGGUUCGGUGAAACCCCAAGCACGAGGCCAUAUUCAACCGAAGAGACGAUUGAUCUGCCACAAGUGGAGGAUAGUCCUAUACCACGUCGAAAAGGUAAACUACAACGAGGUCGACAAGCAGAAGACGAAGAAAUCAGUGUUGAUACCACUACAAAAUCUGUAUUCCACGUCAUGAAAGUAGCUGCAAAGCGUGGGAUACGAGAUGAGUAUAUGAAGAAGAAGUCAGAGGCUCGUCGGGUGGUCGAUGAGGCAGCUGAAGAAUCGGACGACGAAUAUGCUGGCCUGGGAGGAGCUUCUGAUGACGAAAGUGGAGAAGAGAACGAAGAAGAUCGACGAAUGAUCGAUGAAGACACUCAGGUUGGUCGAGGCGAUGAAGCCAAACUCGCCAAGCUGCAUGCUGAUCGUGAGCGCGAAGCUGAUGCAGCUGGUGUGUCAAAAUUGCUCAAGGACAUCACCACUGGGGCUUUGCGACGCAAGAGAGGCGCAGGCGAUGAUCUGGACUUGUCAGACGAUGAAGACGUCGCUACUCGACGACAGCAGGCAAAACAGCGCGAAUUUGCCCGAAUGCGCAGAGAACUACUGAAGAACGAAGCCGUAAGCAAGAUCGCCGAAGAUAAGAGGAAAGAAGCAUUUCUGCGGAGUAUCGAGGAUCGUGAUGCAGAUGACGAAGGCGAUGAUGAGUUUGAUCAGCCAGAGACCUCACUUGAAGUUGACUCACAAGAUCAAUCGCAGCCGAAGACCGGCGAGGGUAACGAGGGGAACCGAGCCGACAGCCAAGCAACGACAUCUUCAGUGGCAGCUCUAAAGCCCCUACGUGAGUCUCAGCUAAACAUUGGCGCUUUUGACCAUCGGCGGGCAAGAGUGGCCGUGAGUCAGAAACCUGGUACUCUGGCUGAGAUUCGUGAGUCGGUAUCUUUCCUGAUAGAGGAGCCCGAAUCUCAAGCAGGCUUGCUGGAUCUGGGACUCUCGGAUUCAGAAGAAGAACCAGAAGCUUACGUCGACCUUGAUCGUCACUUCCAGCAAGCCGAAGCAGACGAAGAGGACGAAAAGGAAGACCUUGGUGAUUUUGUGGUUGCCGAUGAUAAUCGUGAUAGCGGCUCAGAGUUUGUUUUCAAGAAGCCAGAGCUACCAAGCACGGGAGGGAGUAGAGCACCUUACUCCGAGCGACGCACAAAGGCUGUCAAUGUUGUGGAUCGUUUGAGCCUUCGAAAGCAAACUUCGUCCUCAUCCUCAAUUUCAGGCUCCGCUAGCGAAUUAGCUUUCUCUAUCAAAGCUGGAAGCAGUGGCUUGAGCGGCGUCCCGAGUCUCCUCCGACGAGCUACCACGAACUCGAGCUUGAGUUCAGUUUCUGGUAGAGGCAAUACUUCCAAUACUGGUGUAGUAACAAACGAGCCUGAAAGAGGUAGUGCUGCUCAAGAGAAGGAAUUUGUACGGAAAGGAGCAAACACGAGCAGGAACGCUAUCAACUACCAAGGUAGACAGAAUUUGAAGGAGGAAAAGAUGAGCGCCAGGGCUGGAAUUGUAAAGCAACAGCAGCAGAAGAAGACGAAGAAGAAUGGUAGCUUUUUGACUGGGUUGUUCAGGGGGGACACGUGGGCCUGA